UUCUUACCUCUCGAGAGAGCCCACGUUCAUGGGACUUUAGGGAACACUUAUCAGAGGCUGAAGAAGGCCUUCAUUACCGCUGGCAGGAACCACCUCCCACUCCACCGUAUUUCUACCCAUCAUCCUCAUCAGAUGAGCCAGGCCCCUCGAUCCAGCACCUGAGAUGGCUGACACCGUUGGUAGUGUAUAUAUUGAUACACAAGCUUAACACUCCCAUGGAACCGACAACGUCCACCGUCGACGCCGUCGCCGGCGGCUCUUCCGCCGGAGCUGGUGGACCCGCUCCCUUUCUCGUCAAAACCUACGACAUGGUUGACGAUUCUUCCACCGACGACAUCGUCUCAUGGACCGCCACCAAAACCAGCUUCGUUGUCUGGAACCCGCCUGAGUUCUCCUCACGUCUCCUUCCCACUUACUUCAAGCACAACAAUUUCUCCAGCUUUAUCCGACAGCUCAACACCUAUGGUUUCCGGAAGAUCGAUCCGGAACGGUGGGAGUUUGCGAAUGAUGAAUUCGUGAAGGGCCAGAAGCAUAAGCUAAAAAACAUCCACCGCAGGAAGCCGAUCCAUAGCCACAGCAACCCGCCGCAUGGCUCCGCGGAUGCCGAGCGGACCGCACUCGAGGAGGAAAUCGAGCGGCUUCAGCGAGAGAAGGCAGCACUCCAGGCUAAUCUAUGGCGCUUCAAACAGCAGCAAUCCGGGACCAAAAUCCAGCUCGAAGAUAUCGAGCGCAGGCUGCUGGAUAUGGAGCAAAGGCAGGAAAAGAUGGUCUCUUUUCUUCAGAGAGCUGUUCAAAAUCCAAAGUUUGUUGAGAAUCUUGUUAUGAUGGGUGGCUCUUCGGCUUCAGCUCUCCAUAAGAAGAGAAGGCAUCCAGGAGUGGAGUGUUGUCCUGAAGUUGGGGAUAAUAGCUUCUGUGAGAAUUCUUGUAGCAAUUCUAAGCCCACAGAAGUUGGCAAUGUCUUCAGCCAAGACUUCUGUGAUAAAUUAAGGUUGGAGCUGAGCCCAGCCUUUUCUGAAAGCAAUUUAGUCUCUCCCAGCAACCAGGGUUCUAAUGAAGGUUACAGAAGUCCACAAGUGAGGCCGACGGAUGAUGAUUGUCCUCUCAGGAUGGAAUGCCUUCAAUUAGUGCCUGAAACUCUUGAACUUUCUGAUACUGGAGCUUCCUUCUGCCCGAGGAAGAAUUCACUGUUAUCAGAUGAUGGAGAUGGGCUUAUUUCAUGCCACUUGAAACUUUCUCUUUCUUCUUCUUCAAUGCAUAUGGACAGCAGCACUAAUUUGAGCAGAAUUCCAAGCUUAGUUGAUCUUGGAGUAACAAAUGGGUAUACAGGGGAUGAUAGUACUAGAAUUUCUGGACAAAAUAAGAAUGCGGAUCAGGUUUUGACUGAUACUGAAGCCCCAACAUUUAGAGAGGUUUCUCAAGCAGGAAAACCGGCAUCUUUGCCUGCUAAUGUAAGAGUAAAUGAUAAGUUUUGGGAACAGUUCCUGACUGAAAGACCUGGGUAUUCUGAUACUGAAGAAGCAAGUUCUAGUCUGAGGGAUGAUCCUUGCGAAGAUCCACAAGAGGAGAGAAUGGCUGAGAGAGAGAAUAACCUGAGAAGCAUAAAAGAUAUGGAGCAGCUGACACUAUAAAUGGCUUGGUUUGUGUGAUUUUGGCAGAUCUAUACUUCAAUCUGUACGCUCUCUCAUAUUUAUACCUUUUUACUUGUAAAUGUCAUUUCUUAGCUUCUUAGUAAGUCAUAAAUUGUGGUGGCAGGUUGAGGAUUAAUAGUCAUAUAUGUUUUAAUGUAGAAGUUUGAAGAUGGCUCCUAUUUUAUCUUUUUAUGGUUGAGCCACCAUGUCUAAUCUUUCAUUUUUAAACUAGAAUAGCUACUUCCAACUUCAAAUUUAUUUUAUUACUUUCAAAAGAGUACAUGGAUCUACAUGUAAGGAUUACAAAAUACAAAAAGAAGAGGGGAGCUCCGGCCAUGUAUGACCAAUAAAUAUAGUUUAUUUAUUUAUUUUUUGUUUUGCAUUGCUUGGUAGCUUGCUUUAGCCAACCCAUCUUGUUGGCUUUGGUGGUUCCAAGCA